AUGCCGUUGCUGAAUGGUAAGAAUAAAAGUAAGAAACCCAAGUUCCUGCUAUCUUUGCGAAUCAACGAGCUGAUUAAUAUACCUCAGUCUUCAGGGUACUGUUACGUGAAGUGGCAUCUGAAAGAAGGUACAGGAACUUCGAGUGAUGUGUUUGAUUCUAAUGGGGAAGUAAUACCAGCUAUGAAUCAGAGCCAUGGUUCGACUCCGAAAGUCAUGGUGGAAAACCACCGAGCUAGAUGGAAUUUUGAGUUUGAAAAACCAUUACAGAUUAAAUUACAAGUGGACCGCAAUAGAGAUCUAGUGCCGAAGAACCUAUCACUGGAAGUGUUCUUUGAAUUUUUAUCUGAUACGAAUGGUGGUACGGUGAAACCACGAAGAUCCAAUUCAGGUUCUUCACAUUCGGCCAAGAGUGGUUCAACAAAUACAUAUUCGCAGAAGAUUACUGGUAAAAUUCUUCUGGGAGUAUUAAGCCUAAACGUUGCAGAUUAUGUGAGAGAAGAUGAACAACCAACUACGAACCGUUUUUUGUUAAAGAAAUCGAAAGUGAAUUCGAUUCUUAACGUAACGUUACAAAUGCGGUUAGUUAGAGGAGGUUACAAAGAUUUCCAACCCACAAGAAACUUGAUUUCUGGUCAAUUACCAGGUGUUCUUAGGACGGGGUUCAAUGAUAUCUUGGAUGAUUCUUCUGAUAUGGGAUCUCCGACUUCUUCCCUUUACCAACACUCUAUGAGUUCCCCUCAAUCUUCUCGGUUCAAUCAUGGAAAAGGAAAGACGAUUGAUAACAGCAUGACAUUAGAUAUUACCAAUAAUUCGAUAUCAGCUUCGAUGAGUCCUUUAGUUGACAGUCUCUAUCAGAGAACAUUCCAAUUGCCUUGGGAUCCACGACCUGGUGAGUUCACUCCGAGAGAAUGCGUAGAAGAUAUCUUACAAGGUGGUAACGGUUGGGCCAAGAAUGAGAAGGGAAUAUGUUUGAUUGAUUUGCAAGCUCUGAGGCUCAACGAGAUGGAAAAUGAUUAUUAUGAAAGUCACAAGAAUGGCCCCGGUAUGAGGAACAACGAUGAUGAUACCAGUGAAGCGGCUCGAAAUGUGACUAAUUAUGAUAACAUGGAUAAGAGAGAAUAUUUAGAAAAGAAACAGAUAUGGAGUCACAAGUCAUCUGUGCAAAAGGAAAGGAAGAAACAAUAUGAAGAUAACGGUGACAGUGGAUCAAAAGAGUAUGGUGAAUACGUCGAGGAUAUACCUAACGACAAAAUACGAGACGCCAAGAGUUGGUCUGUUAAUAAUAUCAUGACUUAA